AUACGACCUAUUUAAGAAGUAAGAAUAUAAAUACGAACAAAUAGACAAGAUGAUAACGUCAAUUUUUACUAAAAAUUAUUGUCAUAAUUAUAUAUCAAAAAUUAAUAAAUAAUGUAAGCUAAAUAUAAUAAAAUUUACAAAAUAUUAAAACUAAAAAGAUGAAAAUCUUGUGGUUUUAACUUAUAUUUGAAGGGAUUUGGAGAAGGACACUGGAAGAAUGGCAAGUUGCUGUACAUGCAACCGUGGGUCCACUGGUUCAGGCAAACAGAAUCUGCCUCUAGUCUGCCUGGUGCCGCGGGAUGGCAAGCCUGAGUCCGGUGCUCGACCACAACCUUCUCACGCAACUACUAGUAAAUCGAACGACUUCGAACUACUCGAUGAGGACUACAUAAAGAAGCAUUUUAAAUUGCCACAACGUGCUCUGUACCUUGACCCUUUCAGGCGACCUCUUAUAACGUUUCCUAUGACACAGGAGGAAGUUAAGCACUUCAACCUUGCGAGAAAGUAUAAAAUCAACCAACAGAUAUUGGACGGCUAUCUAGAUCCGAGUUCUGCUAUCUCCGCGCCUAGUGUUUUCCCAUACGCAAAGUCCGAAGCGGAAAAAAGGAAAGAAUCAGAGGAAGACGAAGAAAUCAUUUAUAUCUUGCAACUGCCAGACUGGGAGUUCCAGUGUCCUGAACACAACCAAAUUAUUAGGACGCCUAG